AUGGCGGCGCCCAGCGCCGGGGCGGCGGCGGCGGGGAGCCCCCGAGGGGGGGUCCCGGUGACCCCCCGGCACAUCAGGGACCUCAUCGGCCGCGGCAUCGCCGCCGGAGGCACCGGGAACGGCGGGAAGGACAUUUCCGACCCGUCGGAAUCGGCCAACGGCUCUUCCCAGAUGGAGGAGAAUUCCUUGGAAUCUGCCAGCAGGGAAGCCUAUUUCAGCAGGGUGGAAACCUUCACCAUAUCCUUUGGGAUGCUCCCCCUUGGGAAUCCUGGAAUAUCCUCAUUCCCACAGGGAUCAAACCCAGCCCUUGGCCCUUCCCAGCCCAAAAUCCCUGGGAGCGUUCCCAAAUAUUCCUGGAGCUCCCUGGGGUCGUGA